ACAGACCCUGGACAGGCUGACGUUCCCCGGGACAGAUGGACAGCCCUUUGGUGAAAGCAGCUCAGGGCAGCAUUUGCUCCUUCUCGCCCUCUUUCCUACAGAUAGAACAACGGAGAUUGGGCGGCUGAUCAGCUCCUACCUGCUGAAGGAGAAGAACCUGGAGGACCAUGCUGUUCACCUGCUCUUCUCUGCUAACCGCUGGGAACAUGUACCAUUGAUGAAAGAGAAACUACAUCAAGGGAUCACGCUUGUGGUUGACAGAUAUGCCUUUUCUGGAGUGGCCUUCACAAGUGCCAAAGAGAACUUCUGCCUGGACUGGUGCAAGCAGCCUGACAUUGGACUCCCAAAGCCAGAUCUGAUUCUGUUUCUUCAGUUAAGCCCGGAGGAAGCAGCAGAACGAGGGAACUUUGGAAAUGAACGUUAUGAGAACAGCUCCUUCCAAGAGAAAGUUCUGCAGUCCUUCUAUCAUCUGAUGAAGGACAAGACAUUAAACUGGAAGACAAUGGAUGCUUCAAAGAGCAUAGAAGACUUGCACAGAGAAAUCAAGUCCGUUGCAGAGGAAACCAUGCAGGAGGUUCAGAAUAAACCUUUGGGACAACUCUGGAAAUAA